AUGGCUACGCAUGAACAUGACGACAGCAAAUCCGACGUCCAGGAAACACUCGUCGAAAAACCACAAAUCUCGUGGCGUCAAAAAUGUGCCAGGCCAUUCAAGGAAGCAUGGAAUGACUUGCGAUCCAUGAAAUGGCAGCGCGAGGGUCUCAUGUAUCUCUUCGCCAUCUUAGCAUAUUGCCUCAUCAUGCUGGUCAUCUGGUUGCUUCUGGUGUCGAUUGGCUCAAGUGCUUCCAAAGAAGACAGCCCCUGUCACCCCAAUGGAGAAUUCAACGCAAUCGCGGACACUUUCGAUUGGUGGUCACCAAAUGGGCUCUUUCAGAUCACAUUGAGGAUAGGAACUUUAUCCUUUGAUUCAGCCAAGGCUGUCGAUAUUUUUUGGAAUCUAAUAGUCGGCCGAGGAGGACAAGCACUUCUUGCGAUAGCAUCGACAAGAAUUUGGAUCGAAUACUUGUCAGUCUCCAUUGCCACAAAGCCUGCGUCCUAUACCACAGUGUGGCUUUUGAGAUUUUAUACCGAACCGUCAACAGUAUCUACUUUGCGACUGGCGAGACAGUUCUUCCUGGGACGGGGGCUCGCUUCGGUCUUGAAAAUGUGGUUUCUUAUUACCGCGGCACUCUUCGUUGUUGCGUUUCCCACUUUAAUGAGUUCCCUGGCCGGAUAUACGACCGCAAAUCAAGCAUGGGUUGAUUUAGGAGAGAAGGGCCUUGACAGCUAUUCGCAAGCUUUCCCACUAGCAUUCAUCAUCCACGAUGGCGGACGGGUUGGCCUGACUGAGAAUCAACACGUCCCUUAUGAUGAAGCAGCCAGAGGUUUGGUUGUACAACGCGAAACCUACCUUCCCAGCACAAGCCACGGCUACAACAGCAUACAAGAUCCCACUUCACACGGUGGUUUGAUAGGCAAUACUACCGCUUAUGUUUUAUCAUAUGGUCUUUCCAACAUGGCAGGAAGCGCAAUCCAAAGGGGCCAAAAUGACACAACUUGGGGGAAAGAAACCCUCCAGGGUCCGCCGCUCAACAUAACAGCAUUUUAUCUUCCUUGGGUCGUUUUCCGUCCGAACCACGCCGAAGGUAUCUGGGCCUCUAAAGACAGACAUGACCCUCUGUUCACCGAUAAAUCUUUGAUGACAUACUCACUUUCAAAUGGAGCCUACGACAUGGCAACAAUCCAAAAGAAUGGCACCUGCCAGCCCAUUCAGAAUAGAUACCAGUGGGGGUUUUCAUUUCUCCAGUUGUUCAUCAACGUCAUUCUUCUCUCGCUGUGGACUAUUGGGAUGAGCCUCGUCUGGGUAAAGAGCCAUUUGACGCUCAAAAUCAACGGCUUCGCGGCCAUUUAUAACAAUUGGAAAGGUCUCCUCGAGUUUACAGAAGUGCUUGGCGGGCAAUUGAAAGCCGCUGGGGUUGAGUAUCUAACGAUAGACGACCAGCAGCUUGGACACGAAAUCGAGAAACUUUUACAGGGCGGCUCAGUCACGGGACUUCCCCUCCCGCAAGGCUCCUACAGCUUACGACAAGGGAUAGUUCGACAGAAAUGGCUCCUUUUGUCUCUAUUCUGGGGCAUCUUGGCAAUUUGUCUCGAUGUCCUCGAUUAUUUCGUCUGGUACAGGAAGCCUUUUGUCAAAGCUAGCUUCGCAGUCAAAUGUAUCUUCGCCAUAAGCACCGCGAUAUUGGCCUCAGUAAAAGCCAGCGCCAACACCUUCAAGAGAGCAGCAGUGUUUCUCCUUGUUUGUGCAGUCUUUGUACCCAUUUUUCUUUCUUCCGUUGCAUGGUUCGCUGCCCCUGGAUCGUGCCUUGGGGCAACCUUGGCCCUGGUGUCGGGAACGACCUCGAGGAGUAAAGCAACUCUAUUCGGCGUACCAUUCAUAGUCAACUACAUGGUCGCGUUUCUUAUGUCAUUCUUUUUCGUGGGAUGGGGGGGGAUUUUCUGA